UACUUCCAUAUAAGUGGGCCAAGGUUUGUUGAUCCAAAUCGUUGAUAAGCUUGAAGGGGCUAUGAGUUUUCGAUAUGAAUCCACAUCCGUAAUGUCAGCCAUCAGAUGAACGUUUUCGAUUGCUUAACCAUGAUAUGUACUUGUACAGAGCACACUGGCCCAGUUGAAUCUUCAAGUGGUCCUCAGUAUACGAAACAAGGUUGGGAUUAUUUUCUUCUCUAUUUCCUGUGAAGGGUUAGUGAUUGAGGUAAAAGGAUAUGACCCAAUGCACUUUACUUUUUAGUCUCAUUCUGCAUCUGUGAGUUUUGAGCAAGUGAUUGCAGUUUUUCGUGAGAAGAAGAAAGAGAGACGAGGAAGAUGGUUGUUGAGUCUGCUGUUUCCUUGGUUUUAAGAAAACUCAGUGAUGUACUGGUUCAAGAGGCAGUUUCCCUCUAUCAAGUGCGUGAUCAGGUGGAGUGGGUCGAGAGAGAAUUGAGGCGGAUGCGGUGCUUCUUGAAAGAUGCUGACGCAAAGCAAAGCGGUGAUGAAAGAGUGAAGAAUUGGGUGGCAGAUGUGAGAGAUGUUGCUUAUGAUGCAGAAGACAUCGUCGACACCUUCAUCCUCAGAAUAGAACAAAAAAGGAGAAGUGGGUUCGUUGGUUCCCUCAAAAGUUGCAUGAUCAUCAAUGUUGAAUUAUUGGCUCGACAUGAGAUCAGUAAUGGGAUCGAACGGAUAAAGAAUAAAAUCCAGGAGAUCUCUGCGAGCACAGAAAGGUAUGGCAUUAAAGAUGUUAGCAGAGUCGAAGAAGGAAGCAGCUCCAGGGGUGAAAGUCUGCGCGAGCAAAGGCAAACUUCUCCUCUCUUUGGAGAGACAGAUGUCGUCGGUUUUGAAGAAGACAUAAAGGCAUUGGUGGCACGGUUGAUCCAGGGUGAUUCACGACGGCGUGUGGUUUCUGUGGUCGGAAUGGGUGGUCUGGGCAAGACCACUCUUGCCAUUAAAGUUUAUAAUAACGAUGCUGUUAAGAAACAUUUUGAUUGCUGUGUUUGGAUUUUUGUAUCUCAAGAAUAUGUCGUGAAAGAUCUUUUGCGAAGACUUAUAAAAGAUUUCAUGACUCUUUCUAUAGAACAACUUGAGAUGGUGGAGAAGAUGAAUACUGUUCAGUUGAGAGAGAUGCUUUCCAAUCAUUUGAAGGAGAAGAGAUAUCUUCUUGUGUUGGACGAUAUAUGGAAGACCGAAGCUUGGAGUUCUUUAAAAGCUGCUUUUCCAGAUAAGAAUAAGGGAAGUCGAGUCCUACUCACCACCCGCAACAGAGAGGUAGCUUCAUAUGCAGAUGCACGGAGCUCUCCCCUCGAGCUGGAGCUUUUAGGAGAUGAAGACGCAUGGAAAUUGUUCUGCAAAAAAGCAUUCUUUGAACAGGGUAUCCAUUACCAGCAGAAUUUAGAGAAGAUAGGAAAAGAGAUAGUAAAAAAAUGCGGUGGUCUGCCUCUUGCUAUUGUCGUGAUAGGGGGCUUACUAUCAACGAAGGCAAUGAAAUCAAAUGAGUGGGAGAAAGUGCUAAGGAGAAUUAGCUCGCAAUUGGUUGGUGAUGAAUCUCCAAUCAGAAGAAUAUUGGAUUUGAGCUAUGAAGAUCUACCUUACCGACUGAAGCCAUUCUUUCUGUACUUGGGUGUUUUUCCAGAAGACCAUGAGAUCCGUGCUAAGAAAUUGAUUCACCUGUGGACUGCAGAAGGAUUUGUAGAGGCAACAGGGGAAGAGACGGUGGAGGAAGCUGCAGAAGUUUGCCUGGAGGAGCUGAUCCAAAGAAGCCUGAUUCAAGUGUCAAAAAGUAGUUCCAUUGGUGGAAUUAAAAGCUGCCGCAUCCAUGAUCUCUUACGUGAACUCUCAAUUUCAAAAGCCAAGGAAGACAAAUUCCUAGUCGUUCAUCAAGAACAAACAAAUCCUCACUCUCCAUCAAAAGCACGCCGUCUUGCUAUUCAUCCGGCACCUAGUAAGUACACUUGUUUAAAUCGCACCAACGCACACCUUCGUUCACUGUUAUGGAUCGAUUUAACAAAGGGAGAAGUUGGAAAAAAGCAAGAGCAGUUUCUUUUCAGAGGAUUCAGUUUGCUUAGGGUGUUAGAUUUAUCUUAUAUGAAAAUGAGAAAGUUUCCAAAAGAAAUAGGUACACUGAUCCACUUGAGAUACCUUGGCUUCUGGUUAGCUGGCGUGGACAUCUGUGACUGUUGCUUAAAUGGGUGCAAUUCGGUCCUACUAAGCUUCCCAUCAUCCAUGAGCAAUCUCCACAAUUUAGAAUCGCUUUAUGUAAAAUCAAGUUAUGAGACAAUUUACAUACCCAGUUUUAUUUGGAAGAUGCAACAAUUAAGGCAUGUGAAUGUGUCCUCUGGAAUCAUAAUAAGUAAAGGUGUGGGGUCUAAAAUAGUGGGGCGUCCAUCACUCGGACUUGAUUCUUUAGUUAAUCUCCAGACUCUAAAAUAUGUGAAGGCUGGCGAUUGGAUAGGGGAUUGUUUGGAGAAGCUAACUAAUCUAAAGAAACUGAGAAUAUGGGGGAUCUACCAGAGUAGGCAUGCAGAGGGAUUGUCCAACUCUCUUCCCAGAUUGGACCGCCUCCAGUCUUUGUGGUUGCAGUGGCACAGUACUAUUCCAGUUUUUAUGCCUAUUUCACAUAACCUGCAUUUGAAGAAGAUGUUUUUGAGUGGAAAGUUAGAGAAGCUACCUGAGUCGAAUGAAUUCUCACCUAACCUCACCAAGCUUACCUUGAUAUCCUCCGAGUUAACGGAAGACCCGAUGGCGACAUUGGAGAAACUACCCAACCUUCGGAUUCUCUCAUUUUGCAGUCGUUCAUAUAUGGGAAAGGAAAUGGUCUGCUCUGCACAAGGGUUUCCUCUACUUGAAUCCUUACAUGUUGUAGAGUUACCUGAAUUAGAAGAGUGGAUUGUGGAGGAAGGAGCAAUGCCGAUGCUUUUAAAAUUGCUGAUUUCGAGAAACUCUAAAUUAAAGAUGUAUCCAGAAGGACUGCAACACGUGACUACCCUCAAGAAAUUGGAGGUGGUGCGCAUGCCAACUGAAUUCAAGGCCAGAAUGCUGGAAAAUGGUGGAAAGGAUUGGCAUAAAAUUCAACAUAUACCGUCAAUCGAAAUAAAAUGGGAUGGGCCGGAUGGCAAUGGGCCAGUUUAUCUCCAGACUCUAAAACACGUGAAUGCUGGCGAUUGGAUAGGGGAUUUGUUUGGAGAAGCUAAUAAUCUAAAGAAACUGGAAAUAUAUCACAUCCGUUUGAGUAGGCAUGCAGAGGGAUUGUCCAAGUCUCUUCCCAGAUUGGACCGCCUCCAGUCUUUGCGGUUGGAAUGGUACAGUACUAUUCCAGAUUUAAUGCCUAUUUCACAUAACCUGCAUUUGAAGAAGAUGUUUUUGAAGGGAAAGUUAGAGAAACUACCCGAGUCGAAUGAAUUCUCACCUAACCUCACCAAGCUUACUUUGGAAUACUCCAAGUUAAUGGAAGACCCGGUGGCGACAUUGGAGAAAUUACCCAACCUUCGGAUUCUCAUAUUGGGUUUCUAUUCAUACGUGGGAAAGGAAAUGGUGUGCUCUGCAAGAGGGUUUCCUCAACUCGAAUACUUAGAUGUUGAAUGGUUACCUGAAUUAGAAGAGUGGAGAGUGGAGGAAGGAGCGAUGCCGAUGCUUUUACAUUUGCUGAUUUUGGAAUGCUUUCAUUUAAAGAUGCUUCCAGAAGGACUGCAACACGUCAUUACCCUCAAGAAAUUGGAGGUGGUGGACAUGCCAAAUGAAUUCAACGCCAGAAUGCAGGAAAAUGGCGGAGAAGAUUGGCAUAAGAUUCAACAUAUACCCUCCAUCGAAAUAAAAGAACCAGUUACCAAAGGCAGGUGAAUUUAGUUGCUUGUUUCUUCCACCAACGGAAAAUGCAUGGGAGGGCAAAUUCAGCAUCUUGACAAAGGCGGGAGAUAGUCUCAUGGUGCAUGCGAGGCGACAUGACCAGACAACAUGUUGAUGUAGAGAUUGUCGGCUUGAAAGUUCAUUUCCUGUUUAUGGUUUUCAUACUCUGUCAUUAUGUAUAAUGGUGUGUGUUAGUUAUUUGGAUGAUGUUUUCAGACAUUAGCAUGAGAUGUGUCGUUUAUCUAUCAAUCACUUCAUACACUGGUGUGUUUUAUGGUGGUUGAAUCCAACGAUGAUGACUUAAUCCUCCAUAGUUGUACAUUGUGAUUUCAGCAGCAUCCAUCAGAUUAUUAUGGGUUCA